UCCCCCCUUCCGCCUGCUUCCCUCCCAGCGUAACCUCGGACCCUCCUCCUCUCCCCCUCCUCGCGAUCUUCCGACCAUGAGCGUUUCUCUUUUCACCUUCUAAAGAUGGCGGUGUGGGAUCACUGCAACCUUUAGACUAAUGACUGUCAGAAACAUCGCCUCCAUCUGUAAUAUGGUCCUGCAAGAACAGUUACAUGCAGUCGCCAGCUUCCUCCCAUGUGGUGCUCCACCAUACCCUUUGCUGGUGAUGUCACACCCACCAUUCAUCAGCACUGGAGAAUGGAGACUGCCUAUAGGGGCACCAAUGCCUCUGCUCUGGAAAAAGACAUUGGUCCAGAGCAGUUUCCAAUCAAUGAACACUACUUUGGGUUGGUCAAUUUUGGGAACACUUGCUACUGUAACUCUGUGCUGCAGGCAUUGUAUUUUUGCCGGCCAUUUCGGGAGAAUGUGUUGGCAUACAAGGCCCAACAGAAAAAGAAGGAAAACCUCUUGACAUGCCUGGCAGACCUUUUUCACAGUAUUGCUACUCAGAAGAAAAAAGUUGGAGUGAUUCCACCAAAGAAGUUCAUUUCAAGGUUACGAAAGGAGAAUGAUCUCUUUGACAACUACAUGCAGCAAGAUGCACAUGAAUUUUUAAAUUACUUGCUAAACACCAUUGCAGACAUCCUGCAAGAGGAGAAGAAGCAGGAAAAGCAAAAUGGGAAACUAAAAAAUGGCAAUAUGAAUGAAGCCGAAGAGAACAAUAAACAAGAACUCACCUGGGUGCAUGAGAUUUUUCAGGGAACACUGACUAACGAAACUAGAUGUUUAAACUGUGAAACCGUUAGUAGCAAAGAUGAGGAUUUUCUUGACCUUUCUGUUGACGUGGAACAGAAUACAUCCAUUACGCACUGUCUGAGAGACUUCAGCAACACAGAAACACUAUGUAGUGAACAGAAGUACUACUGUGAAACUUGCUGCAGCAAACAAGAGGCACAGAAAAGGAUGAGAGUAAAAAAGCUGCCAAUGAUCCUUGCAUUGCAUCUCAAGAGAUUCAAGUACAUGGAGCAGUUACACAGGUACACCAAACUCUCUUACCGCGUGGUCUUUCCUCUGGAGCUACGUCUCUUCAACACAUCCAGCGAUGCUGUCAAUUUGGAUCGCAUGUAUGACUUGGUGGCUGUUGUUGUUCACUGUGGCAGUGGACCUAAUCGUGGGCAUUAUAUCACCAUUGUGAAAAGUCAUGGAUUUUGGCUUUUGUUUGAUGAUGACAUUGUAGAGAAAAUAGAUGCUCAAGCUAUUGAAGAAUUCUAUGGACUGACCUCUGAUAUAUCAAAAAAUUCAGAAUCUGGUUAUAUUUUAUUCUAUCAAUCAAGAGAAUGACUUUGGAGAACUCUGAAAUGCUGCAAAUGGAGAAAACUGAUCACAACUGUCAACUGUCAGAGCACAUCCUGAAUGGUCAAACAAUGAUAUAUCUUAUCUUCUACUAAAUGGCUUAUGUGUUCUUGACUAUAACCCUUCAUUUCUGACAUGCAGCAGUUUUUUUUAGUAUGACUCAGAAUGAAUUGUAGUAAAAUCUUAGUAAAAUUUAUAUGGACUAACAUUUACAGAUUACAGGAUUUGGGGUCAUCUUUUAAAUCCAACUGAGCUAGAAUAGUAUUUUCUAUUGACGUAUGCAUUGCAUUUAGGGCAAAUUGUUUAAACUUUCUACAUAGCUUUGGAAUAUCACUUUAAGAAGCAUUCCUUUAAAUACACACUGAAAUGUACUGUUAUCCAUUUUAAGUAUAGGAAAAAAAAUCUAGUUCAUAACUGUUGGCAUGGUGGUUGCAUAGGGGAUUUUGUCCCAUGUUAUUCUCCACAGCUAAAAAGAUUUUCUUCCCAAAUUCUUUAAGGUUUGGGUUAUUAAAAACUUUCAGUGGGUAACUUCAAGUCCACAGUUCACAUAAAGGGAGUUAAAUCACACUGAAGCAAAAUGAUACAGUCUUCCUGUUUAUCCUGAUGAGCGCGCACAGGUAAACUGAUCUAGUCAUUUUGAUUCUAAGUGGCACUGAGGGUUUUGUGGGGAAGAGUAGAGGGAGAGGUUUCUCAUAUGAGGUACUUUUUUAAGGUGUGAUCUUAUGUUUCAGCCAAAAGGAACAACGGAAUGUGUAUGAUUAUUGAAACUGCAAAUAUUCCAAUAUUGUGGACACAAAACAUUUCCUUCAACAGAGCCAGCAUUACACAGGCUAGUUAAGUAAAUAUUAUUGGUACAACAUCCAUCAUUGGGCUCAAGUACCCACAGCUCCAAAUGCCAUCAGUGGUAACUGCAGUUACUUGGUACCUAGGACAAGGUCCACUGUUUAUUAAUGUAGAACAUCUGUUAUGUGAUAAUCUGGAGUUUAUACCUGCAGUAAUGUAGUAACAACUUGCAGCAUCUGUAGUCAUAAUAAGAAGUCUUAGAGGGUAGUUGUGUUAGUCUGUAACUUAAACAACAAGUAGUCCUGUGACACUUUAAAGACUAACAAAGGUAUAGGAUCAUGAGCUUUCAUGGAUAAACACACUUCAUCAGAUGAGAUGGAGUCAUGCUUGUCAAUAUCUCAAUUGCUGUGGUAUCAGAAAAGUUCAAGAGUACAUGGUUCUAGAGUCAUCAAAAGGCAUAAUGUGAUCAUUAAUGUUUUUCUUUUCAGACCUGGUCGGCACUGGUCAUGUUCUACUAAUAAGUUGCUAUGCCAUUAAUACUGGAAAUAUUUGGCAAAGGAGAGUCAAAGGAAGUAUCAAUAGGGCAUGAGAAGGGAUUGAUAGCAUGUUGAGAAUAAUUUUCUGACAGCUGACUUGGUGGAUUUGACAAUUAUACUUCACCAUAUAGUGGAUGGAUUUUAAGGCUCAAAUCCUGAGCUCAAUGGAGACAAUAGUAAAACUACCAUUGUCUUUAACAGAACCAGAAUUUGGCCCUAUUAGGAAGAAAAGGAGAAGGGAGAGGAAGUCUAGAAAGAAACAUCAUCAUCUCACAGUAUUUACUAUUACAUAUUUUAACUUUGUGUAUUUAUUAGAAGGUGUCACUUUCAGUACUCUUUUAGAAGUCCAACUGUAAUUUUGUUGCUGAGUUUUAUAUUUCAACAAAUAUUGUUUAAAACAAUGUUGACUGAUAGCUCAGUUUCUCUUGGGAGAGUGAAAAAAAAUGUGUGUUGCAAUCUACAGUGAAAGUGAAACUGUUUUUGUUACAGGAUAGUGAGCAUGCAAUGUUAGCCUUUUUUAUAACAUGGUUUGAAGUUUAUUUGGAAUUAACAGUGGCCAUUUGGAAACCUAAGGAGUAUAGCACUUUACCUUGGAAGAAAAACAAAGCCAGCUUUGUCAUCUUCAAGGAUUUGUGAAUUAUUUAUCAUGCUAUUAUAUUGAUCCAACAGUUCAGACACAGGAUCUAAACCUACAGCUUUUAUUAUGCAAGUAGUUCAAGGGUAUGUCUACACUACUGGCUGGAUUCACAGACUGUGAUUGAUUCAGUGGGGGCUAAUUUAUUGAGUCCAGUAUAGAUUUGAUAAGUUGACCACCAAUUGCUUGUGUCGAUUCUGGUCCCCUACCAGAAUGAGAAGUGCAAAGGGGAAUUGACAGGAGGGCAUCUUCCAUCGACACCACAGUGAAGACACUGCAGGUGACCUUAGUACAUCACCUUCAGCUACCUCAUUCAUGUAGCUGAAGUUGUAGAACUUAGAGCAACCUCCCCUCAUGUUGUAACCUCCCCAGCCUCAAGUGCUCUAAUGUGACCAUUCACAUGAGUAAAGGUUGGAGGACUGAGUCCAUACAAUUGCAAAACCUUUUUUUCCCUCUUUUACUCACAGUGGGAUGCAAGUUUUACCAUGCAGGAUGAUAAUAUUUCUUAAUUUUAGAUUGGCCUCAUAAGAUCUACUGGUUGGUGACCAUUGAUCUAGAUGGUACUGGGUCCUGCUGUGAGGGCAGGGGACUGGACUCGAUCUCUCAAGAUCCCUUCCAGUUCUAGUGUUCUGUGCUUCUGAGGCUUCAGCAAUCUCUGAAGUCCAAUGACAGUCUUUCCCUUGACUUUAAUGGAGCUAGAUCAGGCCCUAAAGUGCAUAAAAUGACUUGGCUUCAUUAAUGGAAUAUUUAAGAACAUUCACAUCUUUCCAUUUACUAAUGUGGCUGUCUUUUGUCUGGCUAGCGAGACUGUAUUCUGGUUGUGAUUUGUGAAUAAAUGCACUUUUUAAGAUAAAUUUUAACCAAGGUUGGACAAAUUUUAUGUAUUUUGCAAAUUGCUGCCAUCUAGUUUUAGGACGCGUGUUAAACUUUUACAACAAAACAAAAGAAAAUAUCAUUAAUAUAUAACUUGAGUGUUUGGGACUGCUGUUUGUAUAAAGAACAAUUGUACAUAAAGAAAUUAUCUUAAAAAGAGUCAGAUUCUAGAAAAUGGUUUGUGUGGUAAUAAGGUCUGAGUAUUGCAGCAAUAGUUAAAUAACACUAUCUAAGAUUCAAUAUAUGUUAAUUUUUGUUUUUCCCCAGGCUGCAAAACAAGACUUUAGGUUGGAUAAUAAAUACAGAGAAUUAAAGUUUGUUGUUUGUCAAUAAAAUUGUUAUGGCAAGCUUUUUAUACUUUAUGGAGGGGGAGAAGAGUCCAACAACAUUUCUGUGAUACAUUAGGGAGAUCCAAAGGAGUUACAUGAAAAUGAUGCAGGGUUGUUAAAUAGAGGGAUGUGCUAGCUCAAAAAAAGAGUUACUAUAAUAAUGUAACAUGAGUAGAAAAUAAAUUGUUGGAUUUCAAUUUUAGAGAAAUCAUGGUAAGAUUAUAAAGAACAUAAUGUCACUAUGACCUUUAUUUUAGUCAAUCAAAAAAAUUUGCCGUGAUGAUGCAGUCAUCAUCAUCAGUUCAGGCUAGGACAAUCAAGACUUUUUUAGCCAGCAAUUUUAGAAAUGAAAGUAGCAGAUAUUUAACAAUAUUCUGUGCUCCUCUAAAAUUAGUUUUUUUAGUUUACUGAGUUUCAACUGGGAUAGGUCCAAGUAUAAGUUAAAUUCAUUAGGUCUUUUGUGUCAUUGCAUGAGAUGUAUUUUCUAUGUAACAUUGUUACUUGUUCAUCUCCAUAUUUCAUUACAAUGUUCUUAUUUAUAGAAAAGACCAUUUUUUACUUGUUGGUAUUCCACUAAACUCAAGGAAGUGUUAUCAGGCACUGAUAAGCUCAUAUCCAACAAGCUGUUAGCAUAUUAUAUAUUUUCUGGUUUUUUAACAUAGUAGAUGGGGACAAAAGAAGGGAUUGGUGAGAAAGGAAUAUCAAUGAAAGCAGAAUAUCUAGUUGAAAAUAAAAUAUAACCAUCCCAAUAUGUACUGUGUUUCAGUGGGUUACAGAUGUGGUUCUAUAAACUAACAUUUUAAAAUUGGACUCCCUUAACAGUUAAAAUUAAAAAGCAGCAGAUGUCUCUUAUGCAUUGAAUUUAGCAAAGACAUUGAGGGCUUGUCUAUGCUGCAGUGCAACCUACGAUGGUGUGAAUUGCAGAGUGCACGAAAAUGUUAGUCAAACUGCCCUGUGUUCUUGGCACAAACUAAAAGGUAUAUUGUUUGCAUUAAUGUAGACCUGUUCAAAAGAACACUACAUUUAUGCAAACUAGCUACCUUUUAAUUUGUGCCAUACAAUCUGAUUGCAUUACAAUGCUGCGCUAUUACAAUUCAAUUCAAUUAUAAUUAUGAACUAAGAUGGAAUUGGCAUUUACCCAACAUUAUAAAGGAUUUGGGCAUUUUAUUACACAUGGCUUUUUUCUUCACACAGUACCUUCCAUACAAAUUUGCACCCAUAUGUGUUACAAUAUUGUGCACUUGGAGCCUGAUUCUGAGUGGCGCUGACCACUUGCAACUUCCAGUGACUCAGCACCAUUCCACAACAGGUCAUUAUCAUUCUGUCUCUUAUUUUCUGUUUCGUGGCCAAGGAGUUUGAGCACUAUCUUUUACAAUUUAAUGUAUAUUAGAAUUUUAGGAGAUUCUUUCUUUAUACCUAUUUUACUCUAGUACCUUUUAUCAGUGUUAUGUUUUAAUUUGUCUUCUCUCACAAUAACUGUACUAUUUACUGUAUUUGUAUAAUUAUUUAAUUGUGUAUCUAAUAUUGCUUAGCCUUAUGUUUUAAUUAUGUACUUUGAUUUUUAAUUGAUCGAAGCACUUUAAGCAAUAAUGUUAAUCUUGUGACAUUUCAAUCAGUUUAACACUUAAAUAAAGUUUGCAGAACAAACAUACACAAAAACCGAUCUACAGAAUUGUCUAUGGAAUAUUGUAUACAUAGAGUCAAAGUAGGUGAGAUAAUAUCUGCUAUUGGA